CCGGGUAAAUAUGAUAGGUAUACAACCAAGGCUACUACCUAGGCUACUACCUAGGCGUACCUACCAACAACAAAAAAUACAUUAUAAUAUCGAUUUUACAUUUUUUUAAUUUUCUACAGAUACCUACUUACCAGAGCCGUGCCCUAGGGAGGCCAAACUUGUAACAUUUUAAAGGGCGGCAAAUGUUUAAAUAUGUAUGUUUAAUAGGAGUGCCAAAUAUUAUUGCCCUGGGGCACCAAUGACAGUUGCACGGCACUGCUACUUACAUAUUAUAAUAAUUAUUAUUAAUUUGAAUGAUUCGUGCGACAAUGGCUAUUACCAAAGUCGCAAAACGUAAAUGUAGUAAAUAACUUUAAAAAUUAAUUUUUUUUCAUUUCGGUUAUAACUAAUAAAGCAAACUUUCUAUAUAAUAUUAGUCGUGACUCGCGAUCGAUAUUAAUAAAGUUCAUUUUAUAGAAUAAGAUUGGGAAAUUGGUAUUUCGCUAUCGUAAUAAUGGGUUUAUCGGUGUUCAAUUAACGUAGGUAGAUAUAAUAAAGGCAUACUGCUAGGUACAACGGGUUUUAUAAAAGUGUAAAAUAUGGGGGUACGAGACAGAUAAUGUACAUAGCUUAUUGCCGUGUAGUUGUGAUACAUUAGAUUAAGGUUUUCAGUUAAUACCAAACACGCCAGAAGUGUGCACGGUGCGCGUCUUAAUAUUAUUAUAUGUUCUAAAUUGUACGCUGGGAUAUUAACGUCCAAAAACCACGUGAGUACUAUACACCACUAUUGAGUUAUUUUUUUUUUUUAAAUCCGUACACAUUCGUUACCUAUGAAACUAUGGCUCCAAAUGCAUCACCAUUCUUUAAUUUUAACAUGGACAAUCACGCUAUUCAUAUUCAAAAAAAUGUCUGCCAUAAUUUCAAUUACAAUAAUAAAACUAGUACAAUAUCGCUCUUCAGAAGCCGUUUGAAAUCAAUACGAGAACAGUUUGUAGCUGUCAACAGCCAUUAUUUAAGGGAAAACGUCAUAGAGUCAGUCAGUCAUUAUUCACCUUCAACUUUUGUUAGAAAGGAAAAAACUGAAAAUACAUGGCUGAAUGAUAUGCGAUCCGUUUCAUGUAUGCGUUUGGAUUUUAUGCGCAAGAUGAUAAUUCAACAAACAAUGAGAGAAAAAAUGGAGGUGUGGCAACAGAAAAAAGAUGAAAUGGCACGAAAUAGAAAAUUUGACAUUUCAUUAAAAUCAGAAUUUCAACGUGAUGAAAUUAUGGUUAAAAAAGAAAAUUAUAAAAUGAUUUUCGAUCAAAUUAAAGAACGCGCACACAUGGCAAAUAAACAGGCAAUAAACAUUGAUCACCAACAACGUGGUAGAGAAAUUUGUUUCAAAGCCGUCUUGACAAAAGCGGUUUUAAUAGGAAAUAUUUUAAAUAGUUACUUCAACGAUCAACAGUUAGUAUUAAAAGUUGGCAAACAAAUCGAAGAUUAUCGUUCAAUGGAGUCAAGAUUAGAUGUCUUAAAGAAUAUUAAAGUUGUUGAAGAAGCUCCAUUAAUUGCCGCACAAAGCUUGUUAAAGGACCUAACAUUAUAUAAAAAUAAUGUAGUUAUGCCAAUUCAAGCAGAAAUAGAAACAUUAAAGGUACAAAUGGAUAAAAAAAAGAAUUUAUUACAUAUAUUCUGUGCUAAUAAGCCGGUUGAGAACAUAGUUAAAAAUGUCAGACGACAAUAUGUUGCUUUAGUGAAAAAUAAUAAAUUAUUAAUUAACAACUUAACCAAUGUAAGAGAAUUACCAUUUGUAAAUGAUCCAACAACAAAAAUAUUUAGGCAAAAUGUAAUUAAAGUAAUUAACACACUAGUUAAUACUAUAUCAACUACAAAUGUCACACAUUUAACUGAUAAAUAUAAUAAACUAAACGCAUUGUUGAGUGGAAAACUUGUCUGCGUCGCAAACACACAAGUUAUGAUUGGUGAGAAUAAGGAAGCAUUAGCAUUUUGUAUGCAAACUUUAGCUACAAAAAUAGUGAACUAUGCAGAGGAAGUAAUAUGUGUGAAGACUCAAGCUGCUUAUGAAAUUGCAACAAUUAUAACUAAGCUUUGGAAUGCUCAUCAGCAAUUUGGUAAAAUCCUUUUUGCCGAAAUGAAACAAAAAUGUCCUUUGCUUGUUCCAUUUUAUUAUCCUAUAGCAAAACAUUUAAAUUGUGAGCAGAUAGACCAUGAAUCAUUUGGUUACAAGUUUGAUUCUUUAGGAAAUGUUGAAUCUGAUGCCAAGUAUCUACAGCGUAUGACAGGUAUUAUACGACUUUAUGCAUCUCUUAUAGUUACCUCAUCAAAAUGUGACCAACCAGUAAUUGGUCUAAGUCAAGCAUGGAUUUUUGUAGCCGGAACAUUAAAUCAAAACCCAGUUGCAGACAUCACAGCUACUAUAUUGGUUGAAUUUCUAAAAAUUGUUGGUUUUGCAAUGCAUCAAAGAUAUGGAAAUCAGUUCAUUAAAUUGUUAAAAUAUAUUAAUACACACUUUUUAAAAAAAAUCAUAUUGGUGACACCCGAAGGUAAUGGAGGACCUAUUACUCGUUUAAAUAGCUUCUUGUCAAGAAGUCUAUGUACUGGGUCUAUUGAAGAACCUAAAGGUAUACUAUUUGAUUUUUGAUAAUUUUUAUUUUGUAUUUAGCAUAAAUUAUUUGAUUGAGAACUUUUACAAUUGUUUUAUAUUUAUAUAAAAAAAAAAAAUAAUAUAAUAAGAAAAAUACAAAAAAAUAAGAAAAUACAAAAUACAAAAAAAGCGUGGAACAACUUACUUGUUAUUAGUAAAAAAAAAUUAUUGUUGAUUGAUAAAAAAAAAAUCCUUGUUUAUUGAGAGAAAAAUACUUAUUUAUUGAGAAAAAAUGCUUAUUUAUUGAGAGUAAAAUACUUAUUUAUUGAGAGAAAAUGUUAUUAUGAUGUGUCUAUAUAAUAUAUUGCUUGAUUGUUAACAGCACUACUUUUUAAUUUAAAAUUUUAACUUAAUUUAUUGAAUGUUGGAUUUUAUUUACAUUUUUAAAAUGGUUUAUGUCUAUUAUAGUCAAUGAAUCGCUUUUUGAUCUGAUUAUACACAAAUAUUAUUUUUAUUUUUUUUUUGGUAUUAACGUGUUCAUAAUAUUAUGCAACUUAUUUUGAAAAUAUUUGUUUUGAGUUAUUUAUUUACUAAUUUUUUUAAGAAUUUUACAACUUUGCUGCAACUGAAUUUUUUAAGUGUUAAUAAAAUUAACAGAAUGUGUACAGAAUACUUGUUUUUUUUUUAUUUAAGUUUCCUCUUCCAUUUAAAUUUAUUUACAGCAAAAAUAAAUGUCUAGAUAAAAACAUACUUGAAGAUUGUCAUAGCAUAUUAUGUAUAAGUACAUUAUUAAAAACUGGUUGCAUAGCUUCUU